AUGCAAAAGAAAAACAAUUAUAUGCAGUAUUCUCUUGCAAAGUCAAAUUAUCCUUGGUAUGGUGUCGAUUAUGCUGGUGGUCAAGCUACUGGGAGGUUCACUAAUGGAAGGACCAUUGGGGAUAUAAUAUCUGAAAAGUUUGGGAUUCCAUCACCGCCACCUUAUCUUUCCGUGUCACAAAAUGAUGAUGCACUGCUCGAAGGGAUAUCUUGUCGCCCAGGAAUUCUCAAUGACACUGGACUCUAUUUUAUUCAGAGAUUGUCCUUUGAUGAUCAAAUACAAAAUUUCAACAAGACAAAGGAAGCCAUCAAGGCUAAGAUUGGGGGAGAGGCUGCAGCCAAGCUUUGCAGUGAAGCCGUCUACUUCAUUGGAAUUGGCAGCAAUGAUUAUGUCAACAAUUACUUGCAACCCUUUUUAGCUGAUGGUCAGCAGUACACUUACGAUGAAUUUGUGGAACUAUUAAUCACCACAUUAGAGGGGCAAUUUACGAGGCUCUACCAACUCGGUGCUCGAAAGAUGGUCUUCCAUGGUCGCGGUGAGUUAGUGUCAUUCAUAAAUAAUGCCCCACGAGUUUCGGGGACGCUUGAACCGUGUGGUGCGAGUAUUGCGGCUCGGAUAGAAGUGGUAUCUCCGAGACCUGCGAGCAUUGCGGCUCAGAUUGAAGAGUUAUCUCUGAGACCUGCGAGUAUUGCGGCUCGGAUAGAAGUGGUAUCUCCGAGACCUGCAAGCAUUGUGGCUCAGAUUGAAGAGUUAUCUCUGAGACCUGCGAGUAUUGCGACUCGGAUAGAAGUGAUAUCUCCGAGACCUGCGAGCAUUGCGGCUAAGAGUGAAGAGUUAUCUCUGAGACCUGCGAGUAUUGCGGCUCGGAUAGAAGUGAUAGAAGUGGUAUCCCCGAGAUCAGAGAGCAUUGUGGCUCAGAUUGAAGAGUUAUCUCUGAGACCUGCGAGCAUUGCGACUCGGAUAGAAGUAGUAUCUCCGAGACCUGCGAGGAUGGAAUUGACGGAACAGGAAUGGGGGUACGCCUAG